CCCCAACGUGCGAAAAAAAGUUGCGCACCGUCAAUCUGUCCUGAUAGUCGAAACAGUCACUGAGCUAAAAAUAAAAAAGUAUGUAAAAUAUAAAACACAAGAACUGGUGGACUGUGAGGAAAUUACUUGGCUAUAUCGUGUGGUGUUUUUUAUGUUUCAUAUAAUAGUUUUCACACACCGAAGUUUCCAGUUCUGAUUUGGAAUGCCUCCCUCAUCCUCAACAGCAGUACAACAGUGAUGAUUGCGUUCGGAGAAAUUGAAUUAUUCGAAAAUUCCCGAAGUGAGCUGCAUCUUGAGUGGCAUAUAACUCUGACCUAAAAAUCGUGUCAGGGAUGGCAUCCACGAUCACUCCUUUUCAGUCACAGCCUGUAGCCAAACUUGCAAGUCAGAUUAAUGUACCCCCUGGUGAAUUAGCACCAGGAGAUGAAAAGGGCAGUGGUGUCAAAAUUCCAGUUUUUGAAGCGAUCAAAUCGGGAAUGCUUAUUCCUGUUCAGACUAUAGUCGAACAGCAAGGUGUUGGCGUUUUAUCCCAGCGUGAUGACAAGGGUCAUACUCCAGCCCAUUGGGCAUGCCUUGGAGGUCAUACAUCCAUAUUACGCUUUAUUAUUGAGAACAAAGGACCUAUCGAUGAACCAAGUGCAAAUGAUCUUGGAGCCAGGCCAAUCCACUGGGCGUGUGUCAAUGGUCACAUAGCAGUGGUGGACAUCUUGGUUCAGGCAGGUGUAUCACUAGAUGCAGCAGAUAACAAAGGCUGUACACCUUUAAUAGUUGCCUGUCAGUAUGGGCAGACAAUGCUGGCUGGUUAUCUCAUGGGAAAAGGGGCACGAUUGCAGCUUACAGACAAAGAUGGAGACAACGCACUCCACUGGGCAGCUUUUAAAGGCUACUCAGAGCUGAUGCGACUGCUCAUAUAUUCGGGCUUCAACCCUCGGCAGAAAGAUAACUAUUUGCAGACACCACUUCAUCUGGCAUGUAUCAAUGGCAAUCUCACUGCUGUUCGUGAGCUGUGUGAACAGGAUGGUGUGGAGAUUGAUUUGCAAGACAAGAAUGGUAAAACGCCUCUUAUGCUGGCUGUGGGCCGUAAACAUGACAACAUUGUAGCAUACCUUAAAAAAGAAGCAAAAUUUAGGAACAGUAUAUUACCUCGGAUAGAUUUUUGGUCAAUUGUGUUUGGUCCUCCAGGAAACACUAAAGGACCACUGCUCUUCUUUGUAUUUGCGACUUUGUUUUGGGGUUACCCUAUGUAUAUCCUCAAGUGUCUCCCAUUGACCUACUACGAGUUUCAACCAUUGCACAUAAUAUUUUUUGUGGUGAACAUUUUCAUGUGGAUUUCCUUGUAUCAUGCCAACACUACAGACCCGGGUUUCCUGCCUCGCAACAUUCCUGAGUAUGACCAAGCUAUAAGACAGGUUGCACAUUUUGAUGAGUGGAAGCAAGGUAACAACCCCCUAGCCAGGCUUUGUCAUACAUGCCGAACUAUAAAACCACUCCGGGCCAAGCACUGCCGUUUCUGCAAUCGAUGUGUUCAAGAAUUUGAUCAUCACUGUCCAUAUAUUUAUAACUGUGUUGGCUACCACAACAGGAUAUCCUUCUUCACAUUUGCUCUGAUGGUUACCCUUAAUGGAAUAAUAAGCCUCUGGUUUGGAAUCUACAUCUGGUCAUUGGAAGAUUGGUCAUGGCGACCAGAUUACUUCUUGGGCCUGGCACUGGUUUUGUUCUAUGAGGCUGUGGCUUUAUUCAUUUUUUCCACUGUGGUCGUGCAUGCUUCUUACAACGUGACAACCAAUGAACGCAUCAACCAUAAGCGCUAUGACUAUUUGAAAGAUGGAAAAGGCCGUUUUUACAAUCCUUUCAACAAGGGGAUCAAGCACAACUUGCUUGAGUUUUUACAUUUGCGUCGGCCACCUAGAGAAGAUGAAAUUGAAUUCUUGGGCAUCAGCAUUGUAUGACAGUUUGUGAGGGCAUUAAUAAGCGUGACUGAGAAAGUGUAAAGUGUGGCCGCACUCGUUUGUGUGUUUACUUGUGUACACAAUGCUCAUUGAAGAGAGUGACAGGCAUGAUAGAGUUUACUGAGGCUUACAGUAAAUGUAAUCAAGUGUACCAAAUGAUGAGUUUUCAAAGACUUGAUAUUUUUUAGUAAAAGUGAAGAAAAUUAAGCUGUGUAUUUUAACUAUUCUCUGCACUCUUGGUUCUGAUGGCCUAUUUUUGUUUUGUGAUAUACUUUUUUUAAAAUAUUUUUCGAAGACUAAAAUGCUGAACUAUGUGCAUGUCAGAAAGAGUGUAAGCAGUGAGUGUUUACGUAUGCACACAUUUGUGCAUCUGUAGGGGUGAGGGGCUGAAUAAACAGGUAGGAGCGCAAAAGCUUCACAUUUAAAUAGAUGAAGUAUAAACUUGUUGUUUGAGGACUGUUCUGUCCUGGUGUUAUUACCUUCAAAAUUUUAGAUCAAAAUAUUUACAAGAUCACUUGGAGAAUUUGUUUAUCAACUUCCCAUUUUUGUCAGACUUUUUACAAGUAUAUUAUGCUUAUAUUUAUUGACCAACUGUUGCAUUUGUUAGCUUCAUUACACAAAAAUCACAUCAUAUAAUUGCUGAAUCAGCUUCUAAAGUUUCCAAGGCUCAAAAAUUCAUGUUGGAUUCUUCCCAAAGACAACACAUUAUUAUGUUGGUUGUUACUCAAAGAGUACCCUUGUUCAUUCAUAUUUUACAAGGUUUUUCCCUUAAAGUAUCAUAGCCAGACAUGUUUCAAGGAUCUCUUUUUCUUCUUUCUCGAAAGUUGUUUUUUUCUUUUUGCUUUGUCAUGUACUGUCUCAUAUUUUUGUGACAUUUUUAGCAUAUUCUUUCAGCAGAAAAAUCACAGCAUAAUAUAUACAUUUUCAGGACAUCUAGUUUGCUGCUGGUGGCUGUUUGGACAAGUCUGUUGUCUUUUAUUUAUUUUAGUGACUAAACACUUUGGUUGUUCAUCUUGCUACAGACAGGCCUCAUUAUCCACCCAGUAUCACUAAUCUCGUGUCAUUUCAUGAGUAAAGGUAGUUGUGUGCAUGGAGGACACUUAUCACUGGGUAUCUAUCUUGUAGAUUGAGUGUAUGCACAUACCAAAAAAAAAAAUGUGCCAUGCAUUCAAAAUAAGACUUUUAGAUUUGAUGAUGUUUUGAUGCGGAAUAGUAAAGUUGACUAAUAAUGAACUCAUGCCAGCAUUAUCUGGGGAUUGGUUUGGCUGUCAUACGAAUUGUGGCAUUUCAAGUCAUAAAGCAGCUCUCACAAUAUGAAAAAAAUUAUUGUGGUGUCUUAUGUUGCAGAAAGUGCUUGCAAUACAUCAGAUUCAAUUACUGUUUGCUAUUAAGUCUUCAGCACAUCCAUGGAUGCAUAUAUGCACACAAUGCCUAUAGUUUUGAUCGCACAUUAGCAUGCAGUCCAAGGCUUUAUUUAGAAAAGGUACUACAAUCUGAUUUUUGAAUAAAUGAUAAGUAAAAAGAAAAGUAAUAAAAAAAUUGUUUUAAUGAUAAAAAAUUUUCUUUCACAGCUCAAAGAGCUUUUAAAUUAUGAAGUUUUCAAUAUUUUUGAUUAAUUUUACACUCGAAACUGAAUAACAUUAAAAAAUUGUGUAAAAAUGAACUAAUUCUGGUUCUACAGAAAUGGUUUUGAUAUCAGUAAUUUCAUCUUGUUGAGCUUUUUUCAAAUAUAUUCAUUUCUGCAACACUUCCGACUGAAACCAAAUGAAAUGACAGUUUUAAUCAACGACAGCAAUACUAUCUUAGGCAGAAAACACAUACUUGCAUAUCACAGCAUGUGAACUUUCCAACUCUUCUCAAAUGUAACCGCAUCAGUGCUAGAAGGAGAAACCUGCAAACAUCUACAUUGAUUCUACUCAGUUAGAUUUUAGGCAUGGUGUUGAUUGGUAGUGGAGCACAAUCUGGUUUCUCUAGCACAGACCUGGGCAAAGGCCGGCCCACGGGCCGGAUCCGGCCCGCCUCCUGUCUCUGACCAGCCCGCCCGCCAGUAUAUAUACUAUAUAUACAGUAUUGGGUAAAACUGAGUUAACUAUAUUAGUCCGGCCCUCUAAAACCAUCCCAAUUUCUCAUGCGGCCCCUUGGGAAAAUUAAUUGCCCACCCCUGCUCUAGCAUGUUUUUUUUUUUUCGUUCCGAUCCCCAUGUAUGAGAGUUAAUUUUGGAACAAACUGGAUGGUUUUGUAGUUUCAAGAAUUCUACAUCUAAUACCAGUGUUAAUCAAAUGUGUUCUUUCUCUCCAUAAGAAAUUGCUAUCCAAACUUCUCAUUUCAAUUUGAAAGUGUCCAGGUUUUAAAAAAAAAUAUUAAGCCUAUUCUCUCAUGGAUGUUGAAACUGCCUUUUUUAGGUAAUUUACUCUCACACAGAAAUUAAAUGUAUUUUGCAUCCAGCCGUAAAAUAAACCCCACCAUUUGACAGAAAAAAAGAACAUAAUUUUUUUGUUCAUGCAGUGAUGUUCACAAGGUAAUAAUAAAAAUGUACAAUAUGUUGGAAAGAGGGAUUUUUCAUGAAACGACAUCACUAUCCCAGAAGCUUGCUCAGUUUGUAUUACCUGCUUUAAACACUAUUCUAAAUGAAUGAUAAUUUGAAUGAAUACCUAAAAGAUCAGGGGAAAACAUAACACAUAAGUGCAAGACCAGUAGAAACAAAUUUAGGCAAAGAUUUGGGGUUUUAAAUACAAAUUAUGUCUGUAGAAAAUGAUGUUUCCUCAAAGGCAGCGCCAUGGACCAAGCAAGAGUGCAUAAUUAUUUGCAUUUUUCUACAUGGGUAGGAGUUUCCUUGAAGGCCAAACUUCCAGUCUGGCACAAAAGGAUGGGUUCGAUCAGGGAGAGGGAGAUGAGGUGAUUAGUACAGAAGGAAGCAAUUUUGAGCAAUUGACUUUUGGGGUUGCAGGCACCAUGUGAACUUCUUACCUCCCUCUGCCAGGUCAAACUAUUCUUUCCUGCCAGAAGAUAAAAGUUCAGUGUUUAAGCAUCUAAACUGAAAUUUCUCAUCAAAUUUUUGCUCUUGGAGGCACAUAGAGAUUUUAUAUGGAUGAUACUACAGUACUACUUCUAGAAAAUAGUUCUGAAUGUAUGUACACAUUUGCAAAUGUGAAAGUGGACAAUGAGGUGUGUAUAUUUAUUUCUGUCAGUUGCCAAUUGGUUACAGCUUUUUGGUGACUGUCGAGACAGUAAAUGUAAGAGCUCACAUUUUCUAAAGCAUGGAUGUGGAAGGCAGAGACCAACCGGUCUGCCAACAGCUUCCCUGAUGAAUCAGUGGAGGGUAGGUGUUAUGCCAAGCCAGCAGCUAUGUUAUGUCACUGCAAAAGCUCUGUAACUGAUGAAUCAAGUACUCAUUUCUACUGGACAGCUGUGUAGGCAUGGGGAGUUUUCCAGUAGGGCUCAGUAGAACCAGUGGCCUACACACAGUUGAGUGAACCAGCAACCAGGGUGUGAAACCUCCCCAUGAUAUUAUGAUGCAUGAUUUAUUCUAGGUAGCAUUGUCAAAAGCUUAAUGUUUUCAAAGUUGCCGAUUGCAUUAUUACAUUACUCAUGUAGAACAAAAAAAAAAAAGCCAAAAAUAAAAGUGAACUUCUCAUGUUCCUUUGUAUAUGUGGAAUGGUGGAGCUGUUUCUUAGGCAUUGUAUUAUUCGCAAAUGUUCAUUUGGAAAUCUAGUGACUGCACUAACCUUGGCACUGUCAGUGGCUGCGAUUGGUGAAUGCUUUGUGGUGAACAUGGGAGUACAUUUUACUUUGGUGCAUGACAAUCUUUUCUCUUAUUUGUUGGAGAGACUGUUAGAAUGGGACACCAUCUUCAAUUUUUGACAGAUUUAUGACUCACAUCUUUCUGUUAGACAAGUGACGGGCGUGAGUAGAAAUGUUGUAAUGUGAUCUUAAAUGUGAAGAAUAAAUGGAAGCAUUUAUUAAAAAAAUGUUCAUAUGACUGCGAUAUUGGGCUUGCUAUCAUAAAUUAUGAUGAACAAAAUUAAAGGCUAUUUCCAAGCA